ACCGCGGUGUUAGCUGCGGGGCUAGCGCUAGCACGCGAGGCUACUUGAAACGGCAGUUGGUGUCGAAGAAACGUCAGCGUUUCCCGUCAGUGUCCGGGACACGGAGCAGCGGCCAGACAGGGUUUUUAAAACCAGCAGCGGUGCGAAGUUUUUACUCUCAGUCUAACCUCAUUUAGAGUCAGUGUAGCUGACUUAGCUAGCUAGCGUGUUGUCAGGCUAAGGUCAAGAAGCUGGCCAGUCUUGACAGCUAACGCUAACUAAUACGGUCCCCAACAGUCUAUAAAUGUGCUAUGUGGCAGCCUGCCACAACGUUACUGCCACCAGUUAUCGACAACACUGCCAAACGUUAUAACCGGGUUAACAUUGGAAGCGGGACUCGUGUCGUUUUCAAGAUUAAGAGGUGGGAAGCAGUGACCUUGCCUAACAGACGACACCCUGCUUCUCCUGCCCUCCACCCAGCCCUGCCCCCCUACCCCCUGUCCCGAUUGGGUCUCUGUGCUGCCGGCGGUGGAGUGGAGCACUGUGAUCGAAGGCUUUGCGAGGUGGUUUUUCGGUCUGGCGCCGCCUCCCCCCGGGGCCGGCGUGCGCUCCCAGCAGCCCGUGGUGCCCUGUGCCCCCCCCUCCCCGUCACUGCACACCAGAGCCCAUGCCGAAGGAGGAGGUGCAGCGCGUCCGCCAGGAGCCAUGUGCCUCCCUCACACCAACAACAUGGACAACAAGCUACAGGGGGUGGGGUCAGGGGGAGGGGCUUCACUUCGACCACGAGUAGGAGGCGUUCCACUGGAACCCUUCAUACAUCAGGUGGGAGGUCACACCAGCAUGAUGCGUUAUGACGACCACACAGUGUGUAAGCCUCUGAUCAGCAGAGAGCAGCGUUUCUACGAGUCCCUGCCUCCAGAAAUGAAGGAGUUUACUCCAGAAUAUAAAGGUGUGGUGCUGGUCUGUUUCGAAGACGACUCUGACGGUUACAUCAACCUGGUGGCCUACCCCUACGUGGAGAGCAACAUGGAAGGAGGGAUCGCAGAGCACGAGGAACGUGACCCCCCAGAGAGGGAGCAGCCGAGGAGGAAACACUCCCGGCGGAGCCUCCAUCGCUCCUCUUCCUCCUCUGACCACAAAGAGGACCGGCCCGAGAGGAGGGAGGCUCACGACACUGACUCCUCUGAUAAUGUUGCAGAGCUGAAGAGUCCCAGGCUCGACCCAAAGAUCCACUCGGAAGUUCCCUUCCAGAUGUUGGACUGGAACAGUGGUUUGAGUUCAGAGAGGAUCAGUUACAACCCCUGGAGCCUCCGCUGCCACAAACAGCAGCUCAGCCGCAUGAGGUCUGAAUCCAAGGACCGCAAACUCUUCAAGUUCCUGUUGUUGGAGAAUGUGGUUCACCACUUCUCUUACCCCUGCAUCCUGGACCUGAAGAUGGGCACCAGGCAGCACGGAGACGACGCCUCCGAGGAGAAGGCGGCCAGGCAGAUGAAGAAAUGUGAACAGAGCACAUCGGCGACGCUGGGAGUCAGAGUGUGUGGCAUGCAGGUGUACCAGCUAAACACGGGUCACUACCUCUGCUUGAACAAGUACUAUGGCCGCGGCUUGUCGAUCGAAGGCUUCCGCCAGGCCCUCUACCAGUACAUGCACAACGGAAAUGGUCUGAGGCAGGACCUCUUUGAACCAAUCCUGAAUAAGCUUCGCAGCCUGAAGGCCGUGCUGGAGAGGCAGGCAUCCUAUCGCUUCUACUCGUCUUCACUGCUCAUCAUCUAUGAGGGACAGGAACCUGAGGGCCCUUCAGUCCUCAGCACUGGGCAGCAUGCACCCUUGCAACAGAAGCCUCCUGUGGCCCCUGCAGUGUCCGAUUAUUGCCCUGGACCCCACGCACCUCCUGCCCCAGAUGCUCCCUGUGAAACGGACAUGAGCCAGAACCCAAACCCGGGGUCACUGCCUUCUCAGGGACCUGGACUGAUGUCUCCGCCCGUCCCUUCCCCGAAGGCCCCACCCAACAACUCAGACUGCCACUCCUUUCUGCCCCCUCUCUCCUCGUCUCACCCCCAUCCAGACUCCUCCUCCUCCUCCCCUGCUCCCAGCCUAAUUCCCUUCCCCCCUCCUCCUCGCCCGCAGUCCCAACAGCCCCCUCUGGUGGAUGUACGUAUGAUCGACUUCGCCCACUCCACCUUCAAGGGUUUCCGUGGCGACACGGCGGUGCACGACGGGCCGGACCGGGGCUACGUGUUUGGACUGGAAAGCCUGGUCCAGAUCCUGGAGAGCUUGCGGGACGACAACCUGCCGUAGCUCUGAACACACACACACACACACACACACACACACACACACAGAAAAACACACGAAAUAAACACACAGCUUGUUGUGAGUUGGUGCAGGUCGUGUCGUGGUGUUCUCAAGAACUGAAAACGGUUUUUGGCUGUAAAUAUGGAACAGGGUUCGUCAGGAAGUCACCAUGGCAACAUGGGUACUCUACAGUCGUGUUAGUUACUAUGGCAACGGCCAGGAGGUGGGACAGUGGAGCCGAAAUGGCUGCAACUUGGAGCUGAUAUGAAGAACCUCCGUCUGUCUGAAGCUCUGCGCAACACACACACACACGUUUGUACUUCUAUACUUGUGAGGACCCUCGGUGACGUAACUCAAUCAGUAGCCCCUCAUGCGAACUAAAAACCAAACCACAACCCUCAAUCAAGUAUGUGUUUUGUGUCUUUGAGUUAGAUGUUUUUGACUUUCUGCUGAAAAGGGAAUGUUUCAUGGUGCUCAGCUCUAAUCUGAGUUAACAUACGAGCAUCACAACUUGGUCCUGGUCCAAUUUGAAACAAGGGACACAGGUUAGAUGUAAUCUACCUGAUAACAUAUUUAAGGAACACACAUGAAGUGUCAAACAGUGCUUUAUUCUGCACAGUGAAGCUCAAACAUCCACGUAACAAGAAGCAAAACACACUUUAACGAUAACACCGAGUCAAACUUUGAAAGAUGUGAGGACCAUCCAGAAAUGUCCUCACUAUCCAGGUCCAAAUGUUUGGUCCUCACCAGGAUAGAUGAACAAGAUCACACACACACACACACAUCCUGGGAACAGUCGUCUGUGGAGCUGUUUGACAACACAGUGGGACAGACCAUCCUCUCUGAACGACCAAUCAGCUGCAUCCCAGGGGCCACUCACUGAAGUUGGCCAACACUCACUUUUACCCCCACACCCCCCCCACUCUCACUCCCUGACUCCCCCCUCCUCCACCACCCCACCUCCACUCCCUUUCACUCCUCUUUCUCUACGGAAACCAAACCUGGACAGGUGACCUGGACACUCUUUUAGCGUUACCUUGAGAACGCACCACUCAGAAACACAUCCGAGCAUCUGUUAAAGCAAUAGAUGGCGAUGGUAGACCGGCAACUCUUUCUUCAGCAAUGCAGAGGGCAGCGUCACCCCAUAGGGAGAAUGGCGAUGAAGUGCAUCAUAGAAGUAGGCUUUAAGGAGAGAAUAUAGAUAAUUCCUAAAACGCUGUGUGUCCGUUUAUCGGGCGUAAUUUAAAAAAAAAACAAAAAAAAAAACAUUAGUCAGUGUCCUGUAAAAUCAUCCCGUGUAACAUGGACAGUAUCAGUGUCACUUUCCUAGAUCUGAUCUGGUGAUUCUUCGUGUCAACAAAUCCCAUGAAAACCAACAACAGGCUGUUCCAAUUAACAGGCACUCACUGUGCCUGAUAUAUCUUAUUCCUCUGUGCCAUUAUUAAAAACACAUCAAGCAGUCACACUGUUGCAGUGGGUGACACAUUCCCAAUAUGUUGAACACACACACUGUAGUUUAUUUUGACUCAGUCCCACAUACACUGCCCUAAAUACUCACUAGAGCAUCAAAGAAGGAUUAAUCCACCACUGAAAACAGUCCCCAAUAAAUGCACUAUUUCUUCCCCGUUUGAGUAACAUUUGCUGAUAAGUUCAUUGUUCAGCUGUUUGGGGAAAUAACUGAGCCUGAAAUUAAAGUUAUACAUUUGUAAGAUUUAUUUUUGGGGGAGUAUUUCAUAGCUGACAGUUGAGAGAUGACAGGAAACUUCUGGACAGACUAUCUGUGGAUGCCCCCCCCCCCCAUCAGAGCAGCUAUGAAUUGGUGUUUUCUGCUGCUGUUUCCAACAGAGGUUAAACUUUUUAAUUCAGUUUUUAAAGCUAUCCUGGACAAUGCGUCCUUAACAUGCUCAGAAAAAUAGAAACAAAGGAUCAAAAGCUUCAAAAACAGCCACUCAGUGGACGCAAUAUAUUUGUAGGAACCGAUGGGUUUGGAGCUGAGACGUCCAGCUCAGAUGUUGGUUCAAGUGUUUUCAUGGGAUUUGUUGACAGUACAAAAAUACAAAAUAAUACUAGCCGUAUUCUUUAAGUUAGGGCUGGGUGAUAUGGUCAAAAACCAAGAAGAAUAUUAAAGAAGAAAUUUAUUCGUCCAUAUAUUCUAUACGUACGUAUAUAUGUGUUAAAAUGCCCACUGUUAUCCUCGGCAGGUUUUCCAAAUUGAAAUCCUGCUUGAAAUCUUUCAUUUGGACAACAGAAUGACGACUUUAACAAUCACGAUCACUUCCACUGGAUGUUUUUAAAUAAUUGAAUUGAAUUAUUGCCCAGCCCUGCCUCAAAUGUGUCACAUGCAGAAAAAGAAAAUUAGUCAUCCUGUAACUACAGAAGCAGAAUCAGCCAGUGUCACAUUUAAAGAUGUCAUCGUUUAUCUCAUCUGAUUGGUCCUGAUGAGACAACCUUAGCCAAUUACAUUUGUCCGUUUUAUGCUUCCUUCAACAAGUUCCAGAGGCCAGCUGUGACGCAGUGCCGCCCCCUACUGGACAGCGACGGGAACUCAACCCCCAGGAGCUGGAAUAAGAGAGAGCAAAUAUGAAUAUUUUAUUUUUGGUUUAUCAAGGUGAUAAUUUAUUUUUUUAUUGUACAUUUACCCACAUGUGUGGGUAAAUGUUUUGUCUUUUACAUGUGUCCUCUCCUCCCCCCCUCAAAUGUAUAAAAUGUAAAGAAAAUUAAGUGCAUCAGAGACACAAUGUGUGAAAUGUCAGGAGAAUACGUAGUAUUAUUUGAGCUAACUCAAGUCUGUUGUAUUUGCUGCUGACUCGGCCUCAGUCUAAGGUUUGUUGGGUAUCAACAGACAAAAUCAGAUCGCCGUUUCGCAAAAAAAAAAAACAUCGCAGCAAAUCCGGACUCGAGUCAGCUUACUGUACCCAACACUUGUGCCUGCUGUAGAGUUGUUGCUCAGGUGGGAAGCUCUGUUGAACGUGUGUGUGUGAAUGUGUGUGAGUGUGUGUGAGAGAGUUAGAUCAGAGGUAGACGCCAUCUUUAGUCUUUGGUUUGUUUCACUUCACAUUUAAGGAGUUGGUAAAGAACUGCAUGCACUAACGUCCUCCUGUUUGGGUCAGUUUUUCACCACACAGCGUCAAAACAUUCUUGUUACAGUCAUCGGAGUCAAAAGCAGCAAAGGUCUCUCUCAGAUCUUGGUAUUUCAUCAUGGAUAUUAGCCUCAAUGAUUGAUCAUUUAUUUAGCAGCAUUUUCUGCAUCUGACAUCAUCCUGACUGUUUGUUAGAACAGUGAAAGUUAAGUGAGAUUAAAUCUUUCCAGAAGCUU